GUGAAAUUUUUUUGAACGGACAAAAGACUCCCGCGUAGUUUUGAAUUAAGCUCCGGCAUCGGCAUCGUCAUCGUCGUCUUCUUCACCGGAAUCACUCCGGCCGAGAUUGAAGUUGAAAAACCUAAUCGAUACGAUGGAGAGCGAAGGAAUUGAAUCGAACAGAAAACGCAUGAAGCCUGAUAGUCGCGAGGAAGGAGACGGAGCUGUCUCAGACUCGGAGAUGGCGCAGAGGGAAGAGUUCGGGAUGAGUGUGGCAGGAUCUGAAGAGGUGGAGCUUUCGAUCAGUCAGAUCCUUGGAAAGAUUGACCGGUUCACUGAGAUGAUAUCGGAGCUGCUUGAUUCGGGGAAGGCGGUGUUCAAGAAGAUCAGCGAUGAUUAUGAGGAGCGAUUGAUUAUGAUUCACAAGGAGCAAAUGGAGAAAUGGCAGGAGGAGAUCAGAGAGUUGCGCGCGAUUGAUGCUUCGAAUGAGGAGGCUAGUGCUGUGCUGCAUAAUGCUACAUAUCUGCUUCAGAAUCCUCAUGUUGAUUCUUGAAGGUUUCCAAGCCAAAGAGUUCGAGGAUUUUCAUUCUGAUAAUUUCAAAUGGAAGGCCCCUGUUGCCAUUGAUGUAGGGAAGUUACAACCUAAAAAUGCAAUGCUAAGUAUUUUAGUUCAACUAAUUGCUGCCUUCUCAUGUAUAAACUAAUUUCUAUCUUGCUCUGAUAAACAUGUUCUAAUUGCAUGUGUUGGCAUUCAUCCAAGAUUUACCUCUGUAAGAGACGUGUUCAGUAAAUACAGAUGAAAUGGUUUCAUUCA